CUGCCUUGUAUUUUAGUUACCCGUUCUGCCUACAACUAAGUUUAGAUAAGAGCACUUAAGAUAUUAGGAAAUUUGACACCAACGGGAUUGGAAUACUUGAGUUUUACCUAUUGGCACGCCAUAGAGCUUUAUAGAAUUGAAAGAGAAGUAAAGUUCAAGACAUCUUCAGAAUUCAGACAAGAUAUCAUAAAAGCAGCAAUUACUUGACCGUUUGAUAUUAAUGCACUUCAGAGAUGAACCUUGCAACCCAAUUUCAACAGUCAACAGACACGCCUAAUGUGAUUCCAUCUGGAGUAGGAAGUUCACCACAACAGACGCCAGCUUCGCAGUUCAAUAAUUCACACUAUUUGUUCCAGCAGCAGCAGCAACAGCAACAGCAGCAACAGCAGCAACAGCAGCAACAGCGUCAGCAGUCUCAGUUUGGUAUCUCCGACAAUGGAUUGGAUCAGUUAGGUCAGACCCAAAACGAAGGAAGCUUGAAUCCGUCUAAGCUUAUAUCACAAAACAGCUUCCCAUCCAACUUUAGAAACCCCAAUCAGCAAACCUCACAGCAACUGCAUAGUCUACAACAACAAUUACAACAAUUACAACUACAACAACUACAGCAACUACAACAACAGAAGCAAGGGGUGUCUAUCCAACCAAACCAAGCAUCAUCGGCAGCAUCACAACAACAGCAACAGUCCCAAGGUCAAGCCCAAAAUCCAAGCCAAAGUCCUAAUCAGAAUCAGAAUCAAAGUCAGCUUUUGGCCCAACAGCUUUUGGUACAGCAGCUUCAAAAUCAGUAUGCGAUGUCUCAUAUGACUCCGCAAAUGCAACCUUCACAAUUAGUCCAAUCUUUGAAUCCUUCUUUGUAUGAAGCUGACUACAAAUCUAUUGCAGUGGAUCAGAAUAUCACUAGUUCGAUGCAUUGGCAGCAUCAAACUCAAUUGGCUGAGGUUUCUAGACAAUCCAAUGUGUCGCAUUUCUACGCAAGACAAGCUGCAAGUUCAUCAAGAAAGAACAAAGGUCAGCAACAACCAGGCCAAGGGCAGCAGCAGCAGUUUGAAAACGCGGGCAAUACAUUGAUUGAUGUCACCAAGAAUCUAUUGACGAGUGUGAUAAAGCAGCAAGAAAUUGCCAGUGCGCAAGCAGCGCUUCAGGCUGAAACUGCUACCAAAGGCAGUGGUGCUGGAGUUGGAACACCUACUCUUUCCAAUGCUGUCAUAGCAAAGAAGGCAGGUGCAAUUGAAGCGGAUGCUGUUGAUGAAGAAGAAGAAGACCAGAGAAUUAGAAUUAAGGAAAACAAUACCCAAUUAUGGACCGGAUUAGAUCUGAGUGGACAAAUGAUGAUGAGCAUAUCGGACAAAUUGUUCAGGUAUGCUUUUUUGAGAAGAUUGUAUGUGAAUGGCAACAACAUUGUGAACAUUCCGAAAUCAAUUGGCUCAUUAAAAAGCUUGAGGGUAUUGGAUUUCUCGGCUAACAAGAUCACAUCCCUUCCUUCUGAACUUGGCAUGUUAUUCAACUUAAGAUACCUAUAUCUCUUUGAUAAUGAUAUUAAGGAGAUUCCUGAUCAAUUUGGGAAUUUAAUUUCAUUAGAGUUUCUUGGCAUUGAGGGAAAUUUGAACAUGAACAAGGAUGUUAUUUCGAUGAUUGCCAAAAAGGGUACUCGUGGGUUGAUAAUCCAUUUGAGAGACGAGUGUAUCAAAAUUGAUGCUCCUGAGCCUAGAAAAUGGAUUGGGAUAGGCGAAGAUGGGGAGCCUAUGGUGAAGAAGGAAGAGCUGAAGCCUGUCAAUGAGGUUGACUUGCACUCGAAGGAGAAUAAUUCUUUCACGUUAAUGAGUUACAACACGCUAUGCCAGCAUUAUGCGACGCCUAAGUUGUACAAGUACACACCGUCAUGGGCGUUGAACUGGGACUACAGGCGUGAGAAGCUAACGCAGGAGAUCUCGUUGUACUCGACGAACAUCGUGUGUCUGCAAGAGGUUGAGACGCGGACGUACGAGGAGUACUGGGCUCCGUUCAUGUUGAGCCGGGGAUACCAUGGGAUUUUCCACCAGAAGAGCCGUGCCAAGACGAUGAACGAGAAGGGGGCGAAGCGGGUGGACGGGUGUGCGACUUUCUACCAGACGGGGGUGUUUGAGUUGAUUGACAAGAAGGUUCUUGAGUACGGGCGGUUGGUGAUCAGCCAGGACAAGUUCAAGAAGACGGACGACAUUUUCAACCGGUUCAUGAACAAGGACAACAUUGCGUUGGUGAGCAUUCUCCAGCACACGAGCAGCGGCAAGAAGCUUGUUUUGGCCAACACGCACUUGCACUGGGACCCCGAGUACAACGACGUGAAGGCGAUGCAGGUGGCGGUGCUGUUGGAGGAGCUGCAGGGCGUGGUGAAGAAGUACACGAACGGCCGCGACGACAUCAACAAGAUCCCGUUGGUCAUCUGCGGGGACUUCAACUCCCAGAAGGACUCCGCGGUGUACCAGUUCUUCUCCCAGGGGGUGUCCAAGAACCACUACGACUUGAAGGACCGCGACUACGGCAAGUACACCAGCGAGGGAAUGGCCCACCCGUUCCACCUGCGCAGUGCCUACGACGUUGUUGGCGAGCUCCCCUUCACGAACUUCACCCCCGCCUUCACCGAGGUCAUCGACUACGUGUGGUACUCCACCGCCACCUUGUCCGUCAAGGGUCUCCUUGGCGAGCCCGACCGCCGCUACACCGACCAGCUGAUCGGCUUCCCGACCCCGGACUGUCCCUCCGACCACGUGCCCUUGGUGUCCCGCUUCGAGUUCAAGAAGCAGGCCAGCGGCAAGCGCGUCAAGGCCGACUUCGGCAACAGCGGGUCCCGCAAGACCUGACCACCUGCAGGCCAGCCCCAGCGGCCCGCUGCGAGUAUGUACUAUAAUAGCAUGUAACUGUUUGUUUGUUUGUUUGUAUCUCUGUUUGAUUGUUUGUCUAUUUGUCUAUCUGUCGAUCUUUUGGGCCGCUUACGUCAGCAACCCGCGACCCUCAUCUCCCGGCGA